AUGUCCUCGAACGACCACCCUGAAUCCGGGGCGCCCGAGCCCAAUGACAAGCACGAGUCGGAGGCCACCACUUCUCCGCAGGACGACCAGCCCCAGGCUACGGCGACCGAGCCGACAUCUGCGUCCACCAACUCUGACCCUGUCGCCGAGCCCGCGAGUUCAACCGCGCAGUCCCCCAGCGUCCAGUCAGGCGACGCCGCUCUAGAGCCUCCAAACAGCCACCCCGCAAGCGGUGGCGAUACUGUCGUCGCCCCCAUGACAGCAACGACUAGCUCCACGACAACACCCGCCAACGACACCUCCACCACUGUCGCGCAACCCCAAACCGAUGAUAUCCCCAAAAUGGAUACCGAAGAAACAAAGAACACAUCGGAACAUUCGUCGGAGCAAUCUGAGGAUAUCUCGGGGAAGGAGGUCGAGGAUGCCGGCCCAUCACUGGUCAUCACAUUGCUGUUGACUACCGGUUCGCGUCACCCAUUCACCAUCGAUGGGAAGUACUUGCGGAAACGAUCCGUCAGUGUCGAGAAUAAUGACCCGUUCGCGAUGAGUGUCUACACGUUGAAGGAGUUGAUUUGGCGCGAGUGGCGAUCUGACUGGGAAACCCGUCCAUCGUCACCAAGCUCGAUUCGAUUGAUCUCUUUUGGUAAACUGCUGGAUGACAAGUCUCCGCUCUCUGAUUCCAAAUUCAACAAGGAUGCACCCAAUGUCGUGCAUAUGACCGUCAAGCCUCAGGAAGUCGUUGAUGAAGAGGAUGCUAAGGGAGCCAAGUCUCAGCUCAGCCGAGAGCGCGAGGCAAGCGAGCGCAGUCCUGGAUGCCGCUGCGUCAUCCUAUGA